AUGGCGCUGCACGUCCAAGGCCACGAGAGGAGGCUCACCGCCGUGGCGUGCCUGGUGCUGGUGGUGACCAUGGCGAGCCUGGCAUCGGCACGGUUCAUCGUGGAGAAGAACAGCAUCAAGGUGCUGUCCCCGCGCUCGCUGCGCGGCCACCACGAGGCCGCGAUCGCCAACUACGGGGUCCCCGACUACGGCGGCACGCUGACCGGCGUGGUGCUGUACCCGGACGCGAAGCUUGCCACGGCCUGCGAGCCGUUCGGCGGGGAGAAGUUCAGGUCCCCGUCGGGGCGUCCCGUGGUCCUGCUCGUGGACCGCGGGGGCUGCUACUUCGCGCUCAAGACGUGGCACGCGCAGGAGGCCGGCGCGGCGGCCGUGCUGGUGGCGGACAGCGCCGACGAGCCGCUGCUGACGAUGGACAGCCCCGAGGAGGAGACCCCCGACAUGGCGUUCCUCGCCAACAUCACGGUGCCGUCCGCGCUGGUGUCGAAGCGGUUCGGCGACGCCCUCCGCCGCGCGGCGUCCGACGGGUCCAAGUCCAAGGAGGAGGUGGUGGUGCGGCUGGACUGGCGCGAGUCGAUGCCGCACCCCGACGAGCGGGUGGAGUACGAGUUCUGGACCAACAGCAACGACGAGUGCGGCCCCCGGUGCGACGAGCAGGCGGCGUUCGUGCGCGCGUUCCGGGGCCACGCACAGCUGCUGGAGAAGGGCGGCUACGCGCUCUUCACCCCGCACUACAUCACCUGGUUCUGCCCCAACGCGUUCCUGGAGACGCCGCAGUGCAAGGCGCAGUGCAUCAACCGCGGCCGAUACUGCGCGCCCGACCCGGAGGGCGACCUGGGCGCCGGCUACGACGGCAAGGACGUGGUGGUGGAGAACCUCCGGCAGCUCUGCGUGCACCGCGUCGCCAACGCCUCCGGCCGGCCCUGGGUGUGGUGGGACUACGUGACCGAUUACCAUCUCCGCUGCUCUAUGAAGGACCACAAGUACAGCACCGCCUGCGCCGAGGACGUCGUCCGAUCGCUUGGCUUGCCGAUGGACAUGAUCGUCAAGUGCAUGGGGGAUCCCGAGGCCGACGCCGAGAACGACGUGCUCAGGACGGAGCAAAUUGUUCAGGUCGGGCAUGGAGGUCGAGGGGACGUGACGAUCUUGCCGACGCUGGUGAUCAACAAUGUGCAGUAUCGAGGCAAAUUGGAAAGCACUGCGGUUCUCAAAGCUAUCUGUGCCGGGUUCAAGGAGUCCACUGAACCUCAUGUCUGCCUGACGCCCGGCAUGGAAACCGACGAGUGCCUCCACAACAACGGCGGCUGCUGGCGCGACGAGAAAACCAACACCACGGCCUGCAAGGACACCUACAGAGGGAGGAUCUGCCAGUGCCCUGUGGUGGAUGGCGUUCAGUACCAAGGCGACGGGUACACCGACUGCAAAGCCGUCGGACCGGGCCGGUGCGCCAUGGACAAUGGAGGGUGCUGGAAGGAGACGAGACAAGGGAAAACUUUCUCUGCCUGCUCGGAUUCAGAGUUGAGCGGGUGCAAGUGCCCGCCGGGGUUCAAGGGCGACGGCUUCCAUUGCCAAGACGUCGACGAGUGCCGAGACAAGCUGGCGUGCUCCUGCCCGCACUGCUCGUGCAAGAACACGUGGGGCGGCUUCGACUGCAGGUGCAACAGUGGCAUGAUCUACAUCAACAACGAAGACACCUGCAUUGCCAAGAACAUGUCGGCGUUCGGGUGGCUCGUCACCGCACUGGUCCUGUCGUGCGUCGCCGGCGCCGGCAUCGCCGGAUACCUGUUCUACAAGUUCAGGCUAAGACGAUACAUGGACUCGGAGAUCAUGGCGAUCAUGGCGCAGUACAUGCCCCUGGACAGCCAGCACAACGAGAACCAGCCGCUGAGGACGGAGGAGGCCCAGCAAGCGUAG